UUCACUUUUCUCCUAAACACAGGAAUCUCCACUUGCACCCUUGCAGGUUUGUAGUAUAACAAGAUUAGUUCUGAUCUGGAUUACAGUGAAGUUGUAUUCUUGGGAUGUAAAGGUCAUGUACAGAAUAAUCAGAAAUAAGGAAGAGUGGAUGGAUAUGUUGGGCAGGUUGGAUAAUACUGUCUAAUGGAAUAGCCUGCAUUGACUUUGUAUGGAAAUCUGUUUUUUUAAAUAUCAUGGCAUCUGACAGUGAAGUGAAGACACUUUUAAAUUUUGUGAACUUAGCAUCUUGUGAUAUUAAAGCGGCUUUGGAUAAAUCUGCCCCUUGUCGGAGGUCUGUGGACCACAGAAAAUAUUUACAGAAGCAGUUGAAAAGAUUUUCCCAGAAAUAUUCCAGAUUGCCACGAUGUACCCCAAGCAAAAGUGUGGACCUGCGCAAAGGUCUGCUGGACAGACAAAACACCACAAGCCUUAACAAUGGACUGAGUGAAAAAUCUAUGCAUGCAUUAGAAACAGAGGAAAGCAUUAUUAAGGACACUUUCACUCAAGAGAAUAGUUCUGAGGCUGGAAGACCCGAUCAGGUGCCCAUGCGAAAGAGGCACCUGCCUGCAUCAUUCUGGGAGGAACCUAGACCUUCUUCCAGUCUUCUUGAACUGCACUGUCCUUCUAGACCUGAUAUAUUUAAGGAGAGUACUGAUACCUUACUACCUCUUUAUGAAACCAAGAGAGGCAAAAACUUGGCGAUCCAUGAAAGCCAUAGCUCUUCCUCUUUCUACCCUUCUGAGGACAAGGAGUCUGGAAAAUUGCCCUCUGUGGCUUCACUUACAGAGCUGGUGAAUGCUUGUAGCUGCUGUCCAUUUCAGUACCAUGGACAAGCCAUGUACCAGCACUAUCCUGGAGAACUGUCUUCUAACCCAUUCACUGCUUUAGCCCUGUGGAGUAAAAGCACCGUGCCUACUUUAGAACUUCAGCACCUCUGUAAAGAAUCAGGCCAAAGGAUUUAUAGACAUGUGGUCCUAAAACCAAUUCCUACAAAACCAGCUGUGCACAGCUCCCUGUUUAAUGUUUUUGGAUACAUUUAGUGCCAACCUUUCAUGACAAUGCAGUUGUUUUAUUGCCAUAUUAGCAUACAGCAACAGCAUACAAUAUCUUGUGGUGAUCUGGGAAAUCAAAUCUACAACCUGAUAAACCGAAGGGCGGGAGGAUAACAUUAUACAACUAAACAAGUCUUUUAUCUAUCAAUAAAAGGAACUUAAGCUGCAAAGAUCAUUUGUCCUUCUAUCCCAAAAUUUGGUGGCUUAAAAAUAGAAUCAUUUGGGCACAUGCAGUUCAUCUAUAAAAUGUAUAAAGAAUUUGUUUUCUGGAUAUGUUAACUGAGCAAAUAAUACGAACUUUAUAUGGGUACAGUGAAAACUGAUAAAUCUGCAACUAUAAUUUAAUUGCCAGGAUUUGUAAAGUUUGUAAGCGUGCAUUGUUUACAUGUAAGUAUAAAAAGCUACAAAAAUUAUUCAUUUUUUUUGGAAAUGUUUUCAAAACGAUAUUUGUUUAGGCUGUUAACAUGGUUUUGUAGAUUUUUAUUUAUUAUUUAGAACUUCUGAAUUUGGCUAAAUAACAUUUCUUCAAAUAGCAAAUAGCAUACAGUAUUUUCUUCUGCAAUGUCAUUGUAUAAACCAAGACCAGGAUUGUUUUGAAAUAUUUUUAAUUUAUAGAAGUAAAAUAUUCCUUUUUAAAUAAACAAAUAAAUUGUGAAUUUUGCAAGAAUAUGUGUAAAAAGACUUUGUUAGGAGGACAACAUUGAAUCCUUGCAUGAGUUGCUUUAUUGUAUUAGAGCCUACCAUAUAAAAAGUACUUGCCUGUGUUAUUUUACUAAAAAAUUACUUCCCUCCUGAACUAUGGUAGCCUCCUGGCAUAUUUCAAUGUUGCUAUAUGACUUAUCCCUACCACCACUCCUCCCUAAACUGUUUGUGUUAAGGUCUUGAAGUCUUUCCUGUUGUGUUUUAUAAAAUUAGAUAAUUUAAAGUAACUGUGUUUUUUAUGCUCAGCUAACUUUUCCUAAUUACCCCAUAUUCAGUGCAUUCAAUCCUGCACUGCUGUGAACAGUCCAUGUCAGAUGUGGGGCUGAAUCACUAAGAUAGCUGCUAAAUUGCACCAGUGCGAUAAAGACAGUUUAUAUAAUUCUGGAACAGUUCUGUGUUUGCCUGAGCUUGUGCUACUGUUUUAUUUUGUUUUCAUGGCAGGAUCCAAUCCAAGAAUUUGACAGAUGUCUCACCUUGUAAACAUUUAUUCAAUUUCACAGUUGUAAACAAACAAUAUAAAAGCAAACUGUUAGAAAAAACCCAAUAAUAUAUUACAAACACACAAACAAAAAGUGCUCGUGGCAAAACAAAUAAAUUGCACAUUUUUAUAUACUAAAAAUACAGUAAUCAGUAGUUGCAACUUUUACAAUUAAAAAAAUUGGACAGUUUGCUCUUCUUAACACAAAGUUUCUCCUCUUGUAACACUGCCUGAGUGCACUGUACCAUGGCACUUCUGUAAUAAAUUAGAACCACUAUUGAUUUAUUGUAUGAAACACUGCACUGUACAGUAGAUGUGCUAUUUAGCUCACUAUUAUUACUAUACUGGUGAAAUGCUGUUUAGCAACAUUAACUGCUAUAACUCUGUAACACUGUAUUAUAUAUAUUGUAUCUGUCAGCUGUACACUGAAAACACUGCUUCAGGGAACAAAUGGGAACAGCUUUAUCAGUGAUUUACCCUCUGGAAAUCUGUUCUUAUAUACUGCAUAUCAGAAGCACUGUACACUGCAAUAAAUAGGUCCAAAGCUUUGCAAGCAGUUUACACUGCAGGUUGCUCACCAACAUUUCUUCAAGAUCAUACUGUAUUCCCCAAUGUCACAUACAUUUUAGGGUUGACAAUCACCAUAUACCUCAUACAAAAAUUAAUAAUACAACUGUAAUCCUUAGAUUAGCUUUUGUGUAAAAACUGCAGAAAAAAAUCCAAUUACAUUAAGUAAAUGUACCUUAAGUAACUGAUCAUCCAGCAGUUGUUCUGAAAAACUGAACUGAUUGACAAUGCCGGUAUAGGUGGUUUACUGUCUGAGGUUCAUGCAUGUUUUUGGACCAGAACUGCCUGUAUUUGUGGUGUUCAAGUUUCCAGAAGAGAAUAAAUAAAUUUACAAAUAAAUCUGUAUAGCAUGGCUCACAUUAAAUUAAAGUGCCCCAAUAGAUAAUAGUCAAAACAGAACUGGCUCAAAAACUUAAGUUGGAUGAAGCAGCCCUAAAAUAUUUUAGAUUUUCUCAUGAAAACACAGAAAAGUGUUAUUUCUUUAAACAAAACGUCUUUCUGAAAUCUGUUUAUAGGAUAUUGUUGUAAGUAUUCAUGUAAAAAUUAUUUCUGAGAAAACUGUACUUAUGGCUCAAUAUAAGUAUAUAUGACUUCUGAGACAGCAGUGGAAUUAGCAGGAGCUAAUCAUGUGACCCAGCAAGGGACCAUCAACAGCCUACAUGCAGAAUUAAUAGCACAAUAAACUCCCAAUGUAGGGGCCCCUGUACCAAAUUAAGGCAUUUUAUAGGAGAUGACUGAGAAGGAAACAAGAAUGUUAAGUGGAAUUAUGAACAAUGUCUGUCAUGUGCCAAAGACUAACAAUUUAACUGUUAAUAAACCACACACAUAAAUUUGAA